AUGGCAGUAUCGGGUAGAAAGGGUGCCGAUUUUCAAAGUUCCAUAUCCAAAGGUUCAGCAGAGGACUUUGACCAUGGAUGCGAACCAUGUAUGGCGAUAAGUCAGCAAAUAGAAGCUCAUGGAUUUUGUGUGGACUGUCAAGAACACUUGUGUAAGAACUGUUUUUCCUAUCAUCAAAGGUUAAAGGCGAACAAACAUCACCACCUGGUAAACAAAGAUAAUAUGGCUAAACAUGCUGUUAGAAAGGAGUCAGACGUAUGCACUGAGAAGUGUCAAGUGCACAAAAAGGAAGUGAUUAAAUUUUUCUGUCCAAAACAUGAAGCUCUCGGCUGCAACGAUUGUAUCGUCCUGAAUCGCAGAGCAUGUGAUAUUGACUAUAUACCUGAUAAAUGUGCAGGAAUUGGGGACAGUGCAGAGUUCAGAGAGUUACUAAGGGAGCUUGAUCAAAAAGUAAAUGAGGCUGACAAUGUUCUAAAGCAGGCUUCAAAUAGAGAAAAAGAACUAGAUUUUUGCUAUGAUAAGCUGCUCAAAGAAAUAAAAAUGUUUCGCAUAGAGAUAAAUGAUCACUUAGACCAGCUACAAAAGCAAAUCCAGACAGACGCUGACAAAAAGAAGUCCAGAGAUAAACAAGCAGUAAAGAAAGUGCUUGAAACAUGUACAAACAUUUCUUCAGAUACCAAACAACUACAGUCAAGACUACAAGAUUACAAAGCCUCACAGCAGAAUGGACAACUUUACAUUAUAAUGAAACAAGCUAAAUCCGAACUAAAGUCAGACGAAAUAAAGGAGGCAGACAGAAGCUUAGAAAAGACAAACAUGCAAUACACUUUUGAUCAAAACCAAGACCUGACAAACAUGCUUUCAAGCCAAGAUGCAUUUGGAAAGCUCAGUCUUUCGUCUUCUUUUGUAACUUCAAAGGUCAGGAAGCCUAUCGACAAAUUAACCCGCAAGAAAACAUAA